UGAGAGAAGUGAAUUUGGAAUGUGGUGCUCCGAAAGAAUUUCUCAAUGUAAAAAAAAUUACCAGACAUCAGCUAACCUACCCACCAGCACUGUAUAAUUACCUCGGUCGUUCAUUCAAUUCCCUUGAAUUGAAAUAGUGAAAUUUAACGCAUGAAAAGUCUCGAAUUAGCAUAAUGUUACCAAUAAAAUAAUCCGUUGUGUUUUGCGAAUGGAGGUGAAUACGAAUAGUAUUAAACUACAGCCGUAAAGUUUUCAGUAUUCAUUACCGCAAAUAUGGACAGCUCUGAGUACGAAUUAGUCCGUAAUUUGACACUUCUCUUCUUUUUCGAACGUUUAAUGGAUAAAGGUGGGCCACGUACGCUUCACGAUUUAAGUUGUCAAUUUGGAGCUAAAGGUUUCACGAAAGAAAUGAGACAAAUUGCUGGUGGAUCACAGAGUGGCCUGCGUAAAUUUCUAGCUCAAUAUCCAACAUUAUUUGUUAUCGAUGGGGAUUAUGUGUCCGUUAACACUUUUCAGCCAGUUGUUGAGCAGGACGAAGGAAGUAAAGUGAAGAACAAGAGGGAUUAUGCACGAGAGGCUGUCGAAUAUUUCACGAAUAAAUUUGUGCAGUAUGGCGAUGGUGCUGAAGUGCCAAUUAAAAGCCUUCUGGGGCAUCGUUCACAGGCCUCACCGGAAGUUAGACAUAUUUCAGGCCAGCAUUAUCGAGAGUUUCGUGAUUUUCUCAUGAAAUAUCCAGACGAUUUUAUUGUUGUCGAUGAGAAUGUUAAGCUUAAACGUUUCGAGGGGAUGGAGGCAGUGCCAUUCAAGGAAUUGGAGCCUGAAAUUCCAGUUGAUCAGGAAGUUACGAGGAAAUUGCUCGAUUUUUUCAUUCAGAGUAUCGAGAAACAGAGUAUGAACACUGUUGAACAACUGCUGAGUGCUGUUGCCACGAAAUUUCCUCAAGACAUGUGGUCGACGAUAUUUAGUACCCCCCAGGAUUUGACGACUUUUUUGAAAAUGUUUCCUGAUGCCUUCAAUGUACAGAAAAAUAUGGUGUCGAUACAUGCAAAACCAAAAUUUACGUCUGAUAGUGGAAUUAAGAAUGAGGGGAAGAGGAAAGAGAGCUGUGAUAAAACUGAUGGCUCACAGCAGAGCAGGACUGCGUCGCCUUCAGUGUCAUCAGGACGACAGAGUCAAUGCAAUUUUAAUUCUCUGGAAAAUCAAAAUUGCAAUGACAAUUGCAACGAUGAUUAUCAAUCUUCCACGGAGUUGAAUUCACACUCACCACCGGUUAGUUUGCAACAGCAAACGUUGAAGCAGAGGAUUAAUACUUUGGUCAUGAAGACUCUGGCUGAUAACACUGAGAGGGACAGAAAUUUACAUGCAACUCAAGUUGGUGAUGCGUGGAAAUUGAAGAUAUUCCAGCAGACUAGAGUUAUUGUUAAUGUUAGAGAAUCACUUCAUAUUAUUGACGAGAUAAUGAAUCCUCAGCGGGCAAUGGGCGAUGGGAAAAUUGUCGUCUCCUUUGAUUGCGAGGGCAUCAAUGUCGGUGCUAAGGGCCAAUUGACACUUGUACAGAUUGGAACUGCUCAAGGCCAUGUUUAUAUUUUCGAUCUGUUCACAUCGCCCAAUUUGAUCACUGGGUUGCGUAAACUUUUGGAGAGUCCAAAUGUCGUUAAGGUGAUUCAUGAUUGCAGAAAUGACAGCGUGAAUUUGUUCAAUCAAUUUGGAAUCGUUCUGAAUAAUGUGUUCGACACUCAGGCAGCACAUGCAGUAAUUCAGUAUCAAGAAGUAGGAAAGCCCGUUUAUAAAGUGAAGAGUGUCAAUCUCAAUACACUAUGUGAGAUGUAUGGAGCGCCAUGUAAUCCACUGAAGGAGCAAUUGAAGUAUAUUUAUCGUCGUGAUCAGAAGUACUGGUCACGUCGACCAAUGUCACGGGAUAUGCUGGUUUAUGCCACCAGUGAUGUUCUUGGACUCGUGCCUCAAGUAUACAAUGCAAUGUCUAGGGUAAUCAAACCCGAGACGCAAAGCCUCUUCAACGAGUUAUGUGAAGAGCAAGUGCAGAUGCAUAUAAACCCAGCUGAAGUGAAAUCCCGCAAGAAGCAACGAAAGAUCGAAACCGAAGUGAUGGAUCUCCGCAAGAGAAUGGAGGAAACAACAGGCAAGAAUAUUGUCCUGAGUAAUCGUGAAAUUCGCCUCCUCCGAUAUUUGUCAUUGACUGAGGACGAGAAAGAGAAGCUAAAAGGCUGUUACAAAGUCGCUAAGAAAUUAGAAAAGCUAGAGAGUUUAGGGCAGGACAAAAAUGAGAGCUCUGAUGACGACGAUGACGAUUGUUUCGACGACGAGGAAAAGAACGAAGAAUAUCCAAGUUUAGAUAGUUGUACCUCUGACAAUUCCCAGAAUGACAUAACAUCUAAAAUGGAAUCUCCAUCACUGACGGAGACCAUGAAAAUGGUCGAUGAAAUUCUGCAGGAUGGUCAGAUGGAUGGUUUUGAGAGAAUCGACAAACUAGAAGCCAUUUUAUCAGCCGUUACUUGUUCAACUAGUGAUAAAUUAAUCAGUGAUUCCGUCCAUAUAAAUAGCCCAAAAUGCAUGUGUCAGGGAUUUUCCCCCAAAAAAUCAACAAUUGCACGUUCCGAAGCUGCAUGUCAAACACUUAGUACUGGCGAUAUUGUUAUAACGAGAAUAUUUUUUACUGAAGAGGAGAAAGAACGAACGAAACUAUUAAAUUCGCCAAAAAAAUGAUUUUUCAUAUUUUUUAUUAAACUAACUGAUACAAUGAAUUUUUAUCAACUAAAUCAAUGAAUAGUCAUGUACUAGGAAUUUUAUGAUAUUAUGAAAUAUUUAACAAUGAUAGUUCGUCAGCAAUAAUUAUGUGAAUCAUGUGUGUGAAGAGGAGACGAUAUUUUUUCUAAAAAACAAAAAAAAAUGAACAAAAAACUAAUCUCUAACCGUUGACUUUUUAUAUAACAAUUUUAACUGGGAUUAUGAAGAGUUCAAUAAACCACUGUAUACGUAAAA